AUUUUCAAUUCAUUUGAAGUCAGUUUAUACCACUCCCUCUGAAGCUCAUACAGGAGAGUGAAAGAGAUCACAAAUCACAAAAAUGUUGAGACGUCUACUGCUCCAAGCUCCCACUUCUUGUCGUCGACUCUCCAAUGCUAACCGCUACUCCGCACCAUCACAUUCACCUCGUUUCUUUUCCUCUUCUUCAUCGUCCCAAAGCCCGAACAGUUCUUUCAUCGAACACCUAGAGGACAAUGCAAACCACUCCACUUCUCCUCCUUCAGCCACCGUCUCCGUCGACCGCUCCGGCCUCUACAACCCACCUGAGCAUUCUCAUGAGCCUACUUCGGACUCCGAGCUCGUCAAGCACCUCAAAGGCAUUAUCAAGUUCCGUGGUGGGCCAAUUUCGAUUGCUGAGUACAUGGAGGAAGUUUUGACAAAUCCUAAGGCUGGUUUCUACAUUAAUCGGGAUGUGUUUGGAGCAGAGGGUGAUUUUGUAACCUCCCCUGAAGUAAGCCAAAUGUUUGGGGAGAUGGUUGGUGUUUGGGCCAUGUGCCUGUGGGAGCAAAUGGGACAACCAAAUAAAGUUAACCUUGUUGAGCUGGGUCCAGGACGAGGAACUCUGAUGGUUGAUCUUCUUCGUGGUGCCUCCAAAUUUAAGAACUUCACUGAAUCAUUACAAAUACAUAUGGUGGAAUGUAGCCCAACACUGCAGAAGCUUCAGCACAGCAACUUGAAAUGCAAGGAUGAAGAUAAUACCGAUGACAAGGUUAACAAAGGAAGUGUCAGCACAUUGACUGGGACUCCUGUGACAUGGCAUGCUGCACUGGAACAGGUUCCUUCAGGAUUGCCUACAAUCAUCAUUGCCCAUGAGUUUUAUGAUGCUUUACCAGUUCAUCAAUUUCAGAAGGCUUCUCGGGGCUGGUGUGAGAAGAUGGUUGAUGUGGCAGAAGAUUCAUCGUUUCGUUUUGUUCUAUCUCCUCAGCCUACACCUGCAACUCUGUUCCUGAUGAAGCGCUGCAAGUGGGCUGCGACUGAAGAGAUAGCAAAGCUUGAUCACAUUGAGGUUUGCCCCAAGGCAAUGGAGUUGACCCAAACCAUUGCCGAUAGAAUAAGCUCUGAUGGAGGUGGGGCUCUUAUAAUUGAUUAUGGAUUGAAUGGAGUAGUCUCAGAUAGUCUGCAGGCAAUUCGAAAACAUAAGUUUGUCGACAUUCUGGAUAAUCCUGGAUCUGCUGAUCUCAGUGCAUAUGUUGAUUUUGCUUCCAUCCGGCACUCUGCUGAGGAAGCUUCAGGAGAUGUUUCUGUCCAUGGCCCAAUGACUCAGUCUCAGUUUCUUGGUUCUCUUGGGAUAAACUUCCGAGUGGAUGCUUUACUUCAGAAUUGCACAGAUGAUCAAGCUGAGUCCCUCAGAACUGGAUACUGGCGUCUGGUGGGUGAAGGUGAAGCCCCCUUCUGGGAGGGACCUGAUGAAGAGGCGCCUAUAGGAAUGGGUACCCGGUAUUUGGCAAUGGCUAUUGUAAACAAGAGGCAAGGUGUUCCGGUUCCAUUUCAGUAAGGUCUGUUAUAGCAUGGCAUUUGUUAUGUUAUAUGUACAUUAGAACUUUAAGCCAUCACCAAACCAACUUGUUCAGUUUUGGCUAUUGGUUGUUAGGUGGCAUCUGAUUUUGUAGUUUGAGGUUCCCUUAUAUUCAGCUACUCUAUCCAAUUUUUAGUGAAUAAUGUCAUAAAGUGGUUGUCUGCACGUUAAAAGGUAAAUUUUAUGGCUCA